AUGAGGCGCGCGGCGGAGGGGAAAUGGCUGCCGAAAACAAGCCGGAAGGACUGAAGAAGAUAAGAAAUCCAGAGCGAAUGGUCAGGAUUGCUGUUGGUUACACUGGACACACCCCUCCCAAGAGUGAUGACACUGAUGCCAACAAUGAGCCAGGCCAGUUAAAGAUCUACCUUCCUAAGAAGCUGCUGGAGUGUCUACCCAAAUGUUCCUCUCUGCCCAAGGAGCGCCAUCGCUGGAACACCAACGAGGAGAUCGCUGCAUAUCUCAUCACAUUUGAGAAACAUGAUGAGUGGCUAACCACAUCGCCAAAAACCAGACCUCAAAAUGGCUCCAUGAUCCUCUACAAUCGUAAAAAGGUGAAGUACAGGAAGGAUGGCUACUGCUGGAAGAAGAGGAAAGACGGGAAGACCACCCGGGAGGAUCAUAUGAAGCUAAAAGUCCAGGGAGUAGAGUGUCUGUAUGGCUGCUACGUCCACUCCUCCAUCAUCCCCACCUUCCAUCGUAGAUGCUAUUGGCUGCUGCAGAACCCAGACAUCGUACUGGUGCACUACCUGAAUGUACCGGCAGUGGACGACAGUGGGAAGCCAUGUGGUCCUGUCCUCUGCUCCAUCAACACAGACAGGAAGGAAUGGGCCAAGUGGAGCAAGGAGGAGCUCAUUGGGCAACUCAAACCUAUGUGUGCCGGCAGCAGCCUGCAUCAGAAAUGUUCCAGUGUCAAGCAGCGCAUCAUCUCAUCCAAGCAGGAGUCAGGAGCAGCAGCAGUUGGGGGGACGACUGUAGGAACCAGCGUAGCAGCGGGCCAGAGAGCAGAGGAAGCAGAUGGCACAGAGGUUCAGAACAGUGAUGUAUCAGAGGGUCAGACAGAGUCCAGUCCCGCGGGGGGCAGGAGCAGAGCAGGUGGGGGAGAGAGGAGGAAUGGCAGGAUAACCAAACCCUCCUUACUCCCCCAGAGCAGCAUGGAGGUGUCUUCGUCUACCUCCACCAACCAAGUGGAGGUGCCUGACACCACCCAGAGCUCCCCAUUGUCAAUAACCAGCGACAUGGCUGACAGUCCUGCUCUUGCUAUGGGGGCAGGAUUAUCACAAAGCACCGCUGUGUUUAUGUCUGAGGUCACCACACUGACUGGGGAUUCGGUUUACUCUGCUGGCCACACCCACCUGCUAGCAUCCACCCACGAAAGUACCACCACUGGUAUUCUGUUAGCUGUUGCCCCUGACAACCAGAGGUUUGCAUCAUUUCCUGGAGGGGUAGGCUUAGGAGAGGGAGGGGAGUUGGUUCUGUCAAGCUCUUUAGACACUGGUGGAGGAGUUAGCCUUCCUGAAACCACCAUGACCUUUGACCCUGAUUGCUUCCUCAACAAUCCCAAGCAGGGUCAGACGUACGGAGGAGGUGGAGGGAAGACCGAUGGCUGUAACGGGGAUGACGGCGGGCUCCACUGUUCUUCAAACGGCUUCGUCUACAACCCAGCUCUUGUGAACAACAUCAAAACAGAAGCUUCGUCGCUGGAGCCGCCACUCGUCACCCAGAGUAGCUACGUGGGAGAGGGAACCGGCCUCAGCCCCAGCACCACCCUAGAGCAGAUGGACUUCAGCGCUGUCAUGUCGUCAGCCUGCGUCCCGAGUCUUACCCAGCCAGCACACCACCCUUCCCCGGGCCUCUUCCUCCAGGCGUCCCCCCAGACGAGCCAGCCCCCUCAGCUGCAGACCAACGGUACGAAGGCAACCCAGGAGAACGGAGAGUCCCAGGCCUACAUGGGCCUAACAUCAGUGACAGCAGACUCACCAGUCGCCAACGGAGACCCGCAUACACACCUCCCAGCCAAAACAGACCAGCAGGCCCUCCGCGUAAGAAACGGAAAAGCGGUGGGCUCUUUCCCCCUGACAACACAAGACACUUCCGUCGACCAGCCGGGCAGCAGGGCACUUCCAGACGUGGGAGUCUUAGACAAACCCACUGAAAAUGGUGGAAACUCGCUACUUAAGUCUGGGGAUCCUCAUGAUACCUAUACGAGUGUUGAGACCGAACAUUACCUCCAGCCCACAGAUGACACCGAAGGGGGAGAGGAGGGUGGAGGGGCUGGAGGAGGAGGAGGAGGAGGACCAGGAGGAGGAGGAGGAGGAGCAGGAGGAGCAGAAAAUGAAAUUCUUUGCAAUGGUGUGAGCCUCUCAGGGGCCAGCGGUUCAGUGGUAGCCAGUCCUCAGUCAAUGGCAGCGGGUACAAACAUCGAGGGGGCGCUCUACAGCUCCCCACUCCCUCAGCAGGGUGGGGGGGUGUCAGCUCAAACAGCUGGGGCAGGAGCAGCUAUCAGCCUAGAAGGAUUUGAAGCUUCAUUUGGCAGCCAAUUCUCAGAUCUCAUCAAUGAUUUCAUCUCAGUUGAGGGGUCUGGGGGUGGCGUUGGGGCAGCAGUCUCUGGGGUCCUGAUGCCCCAGGAAGGGGCAGCGGGGGAGGAGCAGGGUACUGGAGCCGGCCAACUGCAGAGCUCUGAGGUGGAGCAGGGAGCGCUGGGACUGCUCCAGGAGGCUGGGAGGUUGUUUGGUGUGACAGACUACUCCCCGGAGUGGUCUUAUCCAGAGGGUGGAGUGAAGGUGUUGAUUACUGGUCCAUGGUUGGAGUCGAGCAGUGAAUACAGCUGUCUCUUUGACCACAUUAGUGUCCCCGCUGCCCUUAUCCAGCCCGGUGUGCUGCGCUGCUACUGCCCAGCCCAUGACACAGGACUAGUGAUGCUGCAGGUAGCCAUGGGUGGCGAGGUCAUCUCUUCUUCAGUAGUUUUUGAAUAUAAAGCUCGCGACCUCCCUGCCCUGCCAUCUUCCCAACAUGACUGGCUGUCCCUAGAUGAUACUCAGUUCAGGAUGUCCAUCUUGGAGCGUUUGGAGCAGAUGGAGCAGAGGAUGGCUGAGAUAACCAAUCAGAACCCUGGCCCAGAUGCCAUAGCAACCAAGGGUGGAGGAGUAGAAAGGGGAGGAGCUGCUGACCAGAAUUCUCAAAUCUGUCCUGAUCAGGGUACAUUUGAGGGUCGUGUAGUGGUGGUGUGUGAGAAAAUGAUGUCUCAGUCCUGCUGGGCGUCUUCUAAUCAGCUCGUCCAUAGUAAAAACUCAAGAGGAAUGACCUUACUGCACCUGGCUGCAGCUCAGGGCUAUGCAGGGCUCAUCCAGACUCUCAUUCGCUGGCGCACAAAACAUGCUGACAGUAUUGAUCUUGAGCUAGAAGUGGAUCCCCUCAAUGUUGACCACUUCUCCUGCACUCCACUUAUGUGGGCAUGUGCUCUGGGUCAUACUGAGGCAGCGCUGGUGCUUUACCAGUGGGACCCAAGAGCUCUCGCUAUUCCUGAUUCACUGGGACGCCUGCCGUUGAACAUUGCGCGAUCCCGGGGCCACACUCGACUGGCUGAUCUCUUGGAACAGCUGCAGCAGAGUCCUCAAACUCAGGCCCAACCUGUAGACACUUGGAUGAGCGCAUGGAAAGGAGGGUCACAGACCAAUGGAAUAAGCAACAGUCCCAGCCCAAAUCCAAACUCAGAGCUGAGGAGAACCAGAACAGAAACCCAGCCAGACAACCAGAGCCAGAGUUGGAGCCAAAGUGGACACAGACACCCACAAAGCACCCAAGGAGAGCUAGGAGGUCCACCCCCAGCCAAAAGACUGAAACCCAGCCCUGAGAGUCAACAACAGCUUGCUCACUUGACCCCUGGCACCAACCUCAUCAAUUCUCACUUUAACUCUUCUCAGAGUCCUAAUCCUCAGCGUUCCCUUCCACCCAAAACCUUACAAACUCAAUCCUCUAACCUCAGCUGUCAAAAUACACCUCUUCCUAGUUCUAGCCCCAGCUGGCCUCAGCUUCCUAGUGCCCCAUUCCCCGACCUGCAGGCCAGGAUAGGGGAAUCUGGAGGGGGCACCAGAUGGAGCCUGAGACAGACUCUCGGGCAACGUAGCUUAGCCAGAAGGAUUCAAGGAAAAGAACGACUGGCCAUUCACCUGCACCAGAGAGUGCUCUCUGACAGGGGAGAGGAGACAGAGCUGCUGACAUAUCACGAUAACGCAGAGGACUUGCAGGUGGACAUUACAAUGCUAGCUGAUGACAUCAUGGAUGCUUCAUCUGGUCGGCUUAAGCAGGCUGUACACACUGAAACACACUCGGGCAAGGCUAGGCUCAGCAGUGACGUAAACUUACUCUCCGAUUAUCUUGAUGAGGUGGAAAGGUUUCUGAAGUCCAAGCCCCAGACUGCUAGCCCCAAACCAAAUUCAUUCUCUUUGCUGGAGGAUCAGCAGAGUCCUCGUGCGAACCAAGCGCCAUCCUCCCACUUUGAGUGGAGCUCCUUCCUCUGUGCAGCUAUGAAAGAGGAGAGGUUGAAAACAAACUCCUCCUGCCUAGCCAUGACUGAGGCAGAGCAAAAAGAGCUGUAUGAAACCAUCAGGCAUGCCCUGCAUUCCCUCAGAAAACACAAGGGUCCCAUUCAGGAACAACACAAAGAGAUUGCAGCAGUGAUUCAACGCUGCUAUAAAAUAUACAUGCAGUAUGCACUUUAUAAGAGGAUGACCUUAGCCGCCAUCCUGAUCCAGAGUCGUUUCCGGAGUUUCCACGAGCAGAGGAAGUUCCAACAGAGUCGUAGAGCAGCGGUCCUCAUCCAGCAAUACUACCGCUCCUACCGGCACUCCCUCAGCAGUCUGCUGACUAAAAAACAGAACCAGGCUGCUCGCAAGAUCCUGAGGUUCCUGCUUCGCUGCCGCCACAGGGCCACAGAGCAGAGAAGGGCCAGGGGUCCUGAGAGCCCACCUCCAGGCCCCGCACACAGCCCCCUCAGCUUGUGAGCAACCUCUAUCCUCUGACCCUCCCAUCUCCUCCUCCUGGAACUCCCUCCCUUCUCCUAUUUCCCAAUCCCUUACCCUGCUCUUUCUUCCCCCUCUCCCCUCUCAACCUCCUUGCCCUCUUCAUUCAAGAGGGGAAAAAAUACUUCCCAGACAGACUGAGGACAGGAUAGGUGUCCAUCAUGGCAGCUCAGACAGACAGACAGACUGCUGGGCAGACCCCAGGGACCUGGCUCUGCCCACAGCACUGAUCCUCCUCCACAGUUUCACUGGGAGGCCAUCACAUUAACCUCAUGGCAUUCUUUGCACUCUUCAUGGGUAUGUAUGUUUCCAAGAGCAAGUCGACGAGUCAGAAGACAGGAAGAGAAGAAGCGCCGAGUGACAACAUCCUGCUGUUCAAGGCAGCAGCUGGAUGCUCUGAAAGGCACCACUGAACGGCAUCUGGCUCAAGAGAAGGGCAGAAAAUACGCAAAACGUAUUGUGUUGUGUAUCCAAAACAGAGAUCCAUGAAAGAAUAAGAAUACAUAAACCAAAAAACUCACUUCUAUGUUGCAUUUGCAUGCACGGUUUUUUCGCUUAUUCCUCCUCUCUAUCAUCCUGCAAAGCUACAGUGGCUUGUCAUUCUUCCAAUUCGGUAUUUCACAAAAAUCACCAACCACUCUGACUGAAAGGCUUACAAAGUCACCCAAUCAAAAGGGGAGGAACUGCACUUGAAUGUAAGUGGGGCAUUGUUAGAUGAAGAGAAGUGGUCAGAAUAACGAUGUCUUAAUUUGUUACAUGGACUUUGUAUGGAGUCGUUUUCAGAGGCAGCAUUUUGCUCGCCUGACUGUGCUGUGUCUGUGUUUGUUCAAUUCAAUGCAUGUGUUUGAGCUACAAGCUCCUGCAUGCUUGCCAAAAUGCUUUAGUGUUGUUUCUUUUGUAUUUCUAUGUGUAAUUGUGUCUCACUUACGUCUUCAUGAACUUAUCCUUGCCCUGUGUAAUGUGAACUGUGUAAGGACAAAUGACUUUGGGUGCUUUUUUUUUAUUUAUUUAUUCAAGAGUCUAAUAAUUUCUUUAGCUGGCUCAAGAGUGGUUUCGCUUGAGACUGGUAGACUGCCCCCUCUCACCCCCCAAUCCGUUUGUGAGAAAUAUGACAUGUUCUAAUGGUUAAAUGUCUCUGUUAGUUUGUUCUGCGUGAACCUCUAAAUCUUGUGGUUUUGAGGAGAGAGUCACAUACCAUUGCCUUGACUUCUUCUUGACUCUGAGAGGUCUCUAUGCUUGCUCUGUACAGGACAUGGGUCCUAAUACCUGCCCCUAUACAGGGCCUUGGUCCCCAUAUUAGCCCAUAUCGGUGAUCAAAUCCAUAUUUUGGACUAUUGCAUAUUUCUGUAAAUAAACUGACGAGGUAAGGGGAUACGAAGACCCUGAAACUUUUUCAUAAGAGGACUGUAUUUAAGAUUAUAAAUUAUUUUACUCCCAUAAUGAGAACUUUAGACAGAGACCUGGUUACACAGGAUGGCUGUAUUGCUUGUAAAUAAUGUAGAUAUUACAAACGGAGUAAUGUGCAUGAGAUUUAAGAUAAAGAAACAGCAAAAAGAACAUGUUAGUGGCUAUGGACUGUGAGAGGAUUUUAACUGCUUCACUUUAAGAGUAUCCAGUAUAAGUGUUACUGAAAAGAACAUUUUGUUAAAGCAUGCAACUGAAAAAUCUAAUGUUAGAAUCAUAAGUGGGAAAAACAAAGUUAGCUAAAACAAUGAUCUUUCAGACAAAAAAAAAACAUUUACACUUUGUGCUUUUCUUUCUUGGCUUAAAAAAAUUAAAACCAUUUUUGCCAGUAGUGCCAAUUACUAUGAAUGCUAUUUUGCCUAACAAUACAGUAUGUUAUGUUGGGGAAUUCAACACCCAAAAGAUAUCGGUAAGCUCCACAGAGGCAGCACACACAGAGAAUAACCAGUAGAAGAGAUCUAGUACUAGCUCAGCCGUAGACCUCAAGUUCUGAAGUUUGCCUAAGGCAGACUGACACGUAGACGACGAUGGUGAUGAUGAUGCAUGUUUGAAAACUAUGCUAACGGUGGUGAAUAGUAUGAUGUGUAAAUGUGAAUGCAAUGAUUGACGACUCAAAAGGGAAUGAGGGUGCUACAUUCUUUACCAUGUGGUUGUGCUUCAGCAACAUACUUGCUUUUAUCGAGACCAUUAAUCACACCUACGACAGAUCCAGCCUGGCCUGCAGUCUAUGCUUUCCAUCUUCAAACAGAAUGUCUCUUAGCAACGUUUUACAUUUCAUUUUGAUCAAAUUUUCUUUCCUCUUUAUUGUCACUGCCAUAACUAUAUGACAUGUAUUUUAGACUUCUGAGAAGCUCUGUUUAGAAAGUGCCUGCUCAACAACAGAAAACUGAUAUCAGGAAAUAUCUACUGUGUGUCCUCCAAACAGUUCAUAGUUACCUGUUUGUUUCCUAAAUUGUGUGUUAAAAAAAUGAACUUUACAGUGCUAAACUUGAUCUGAUUCUAAGUUUGACGCUCUAAUUUGCCUGGUAUGAGUGGAUGGUCAUGGCCUGAAUGGGGCUACGUUUCCUUAACAGACGAACAAAAUUGACAUUAUCACUGUACGCCCCACUUUUGAGUAUAAUCCGUGUUUCUGUUGUAAGAAUGUUGUGUUGUCUCUCUCAUUUUGUCUGUUGUUGUAUUUUCUUCUCAGUAAUAAUUUUGCAGCAUUCAAAAGGAAGUAUAACUGGGGAGUUUUUAGCAGGCAAAAUAUCUUUAACACGUUAUUUCUCUAUAUUUUUAUUCUUUUUCUUGUCUCAUUGUCUCACGCAGAUGUGCUCACAUACGAAAAAACACACACAUGCUGUGGUCAAACAUUCUGGCACCUCAAAAAAAAAAAGGAAAAGAAAAGAAAGAUAAAAUAAAGCCACACACUUUCUCUCAUGUGCUUAUGUCUUAGGGAACAAUGAAAUCUCUCCCUUAGAUUUUACUCAGGGUUGAAGGACAGAGAGAUGGUAUGUGGAGUGCAAUGACAGUUGUCACACAGGUGUACCACAACCCGUGCUCGUGUACGUUUGAGUGUGCAUAUGUACAUGUACAUACUAAGAAAUAUUCAAUUUGUCCAUUCGUCAUUUACUACCUGCAGAGUUUAGUCUGUUUGUGUUUCACACAGACAUUGUACUACUCCAGCGUUAAUUUGUGAAGUAUCAAAUCGGUUUGCUUUCUCCAAUUUGUAUCUUGGAUAAAUUUUUCUACCAGAAAGAAAAAAAAACACCUUCACAUCCCUAAUUUUAUAGAAUUUUGCUUAAAUGUAAACUCAUAAUAGAUAAUAAAGAGAACAUUUAUUUAUACAAUUGCUCAUCUUGAGCACACAAGAUGCUUAAUAUGAAAAAUUUUUAAAUAAUGCAAAAAUAGGUAACGAACCUCAAUCACUUUUAAAAAAAUGAUGAGGAGUGUAGAUUGAAAGACUGUGUCCCACAUGUUUUCUGAACUUUCAUGAUACUGAGAGACAGCCAUGGUUAGGGCAGAGCCAUGAGGAACAUUCAUACUGUACCGACUGAACCUCUUCUUAUACUGUUCUUCCUUUCACAUCAGUACAACUAUAUAAUAUUUCUUUCAACUCCUUUUACGUUACAUGAUCACACACAGUCAUAUACACAGCAUCCAUUUGCUUGCUCUUAUCGACUCACACAACGCACAGAAUACUAACCCACACUACAGAAAAUCCAUCAAAAUGUUGAUGUUUUGGAGAGGAUGGUGACUGUAAAGAGUAUGUAGUGUAGAAAAAGUAUUUAAAAAAUAAAUAAAAAAGAAGAAUGAAUGAAAUGUUGCCAUUAUACACAGCUGGUAGACAUGCUCAGAGACGGCCUCUGUUCUUGUAAGUCCGCCAAGAAAUGAAUGGUAUAAUUUUUCAGGCCUUGUUUCAAGAGGGCGUGGCCAAACACCACAUUGCAUGCUAGAAUGGUAGACCCUUAUAGAUAAUCUAUGGCUUUGACCUCUCCUUGCCUUCCUGUUCUUUCACCCCUCCUUCCCUUUCUCUCUCAUCUCCUGCUGUAUUCCCACCCUGCCUGCUGUUGUGUUCUCCAUACCUAUAUCCGUCUCUCAUUCUUUUUUUUCUUUUUGUAGCCUAGUUUUAUUUAUUUUGUUUUUUUAUUUUUUGUUUUACAAACAUGCAUGCACAAGCAUCACUAACCUGUUGAUGUUUUUAAAAGAAUAUUUUGUUGCUGAGGCCAUGCAAAGUGUUUUGAAUAUUGCCCUUAUAUGUGGAAUAUGUCUUCUGAAUGCUUUACAUAAUUUCUGCUGUAAAAUGAAA